AUGGAGGAUCGCUUUGCCAUGUUUCAGUUGGAAGAUGUAGCGGAUGAUAUAUAUGCUCUCUGUAAAGACCAAUAUGGUUGUCGAUUCUUUCAGAAAAAACUAGAGGAAAGGCAAAAGCCUGAACAUCGCGAUAUCAUCUUUAGGCAAAUCUAUUCCCAUUUCGUUGAACUCAUGACAGAUCCUUUUGGAAAUUAUCUAUGCCAGAAAAUGAUGGAAUAUUGUACUGACUCACAGCGUACAUUGAUUGUCGAACAAGUCGCGAAAGCCAUCAUUCCCAUCUCGCUUAAUAUGCAUGGUACAAGAGCAGUUCAAAGAAUGAUUGAAUUCCUCACUCUUCCUGAACAAAUCAACAAAACAAUCGAAGCAUUAGCGCCCAACGUUGUAACCCUUAUCAAGGACAUCAACGGAAACCAUGUCGUUCAGAAAUGUCUUCACAAACUCUCUCAUCACAAUAAGCAAUUCAUUUACGAUUCUGUCAGCCGUUAUUGUAUCGAAGUAGCUACACAUCGUCAUGGCUGUUGUGUCUUGCAGCGCUGUAUUGAUUACUCCGCAGACCACCAAAAGAAACAGCUUGUUGAUGUGAUCAUACAACACGCACUCACGCUUGUUCAAGACCCUUAUGGCAAUUACGUCGUGCAAUACGUCCUCGAACUAGGCGAUGCUCAGUUUUCUGAUCAACUCAUCCGACAAUUCUUGAACCAUAUUGCUGAGCUUUCUGUCCAAAAAUACAGCUCCAACGUCAUUGAGAAAUGCAUUCGUGUAGCAGAAGAAGACACACGUCGGCAGUUGAUCGAUGAAAUGGUCGUGGAUAAACCUCGCUUAGAGAAAUUAUUGAAGGAUUCGUUUGCUAAUUACGUCGUGCAAACAGCAUUAGAUUUUGCCGACGACCUUCAAUAUCAAAAGUUGGUGGAUUGUAUUCGUCCUUUGUUGCCUUCCAUUCGGAAUACAGCUUACUGUAAGCGUAUUCAGAGCAAGUUACAAAAUAGAGACCAUCAAACGAAUAAGUUUUCAAAUGUACAGCAUUCGAAUCACAUACAUCACCACCACCAUCACCACCAGCAACAGCAGCAACAGCAACAUCCAUUACUUUUAUUACAACAACAACAUGUAUUACAGCCAUCUCCAUUCGCUAUGACGAAUAACAGUCCACUUAACCACUUGACUUUGAACAAUUAUAUGUUGACGAGUAGCAAUGGUAAUAACAAUCCUCAUCAUCUUCAGCAUCCCACUCUGUACACAGAUGCUGCCGGCAUGAUCACAGGAGCUUCAGCAGCAACACAUGUCCCGUUACAAGCAUCAGUAGAGCAACACACUGGUACAAUAGGAGCAUCUGCUACUGCGGUUCAUCCUUUAAUGAACUCAAACGAUAUUGAUUUCGUAUCAGCAACUCCUUUCCAUCUGCCACAGCAACAACAACAUCAACAUCAUCAGCAAUAUCAAUUCUCUCCUUUCUUUUAA